AUGGCAAAAAUCGCCAGCGCACUUACCAAGUAUAUGGAGCCGCUAAACAAGAUGAAGAAUGUUAUGUGUCGUGUCGUACUUACCAAGUAUAUGGAGUCGGCAAAGCAGGAUGAGGAAGGUGAUGGUCCGGGUGGUUGUCAUGUGCCAAGCGGUACAUGA